GAGGCGCUCGGGCCGGGCGGGAGCGGUGGCGGCAGGGGCUCUGAGCCCGCAGGGAACACACCGGGAAGGGGAGGCUCCAGUCGGCCGCCGGGACGGAGCCGUGCGGCGUGAAGGAGGAGGCGCUUCCCGCGGUGGGGACGCGGACCCGAGCCGCCCGGCUCUGCCCGCCCGCCCGCUGGCGGGUGGAUGCCAGUGCCGUGACCGCCCCGCGGAGCCGCGCCGCCGGUGGCCGAAGCGAUGCUGCGAGCGGCGGAGCAGCGCUGAGCCCUCGGGGGAGUCCGCGGCGUUAUCGCUGCGCUCCGCGCCGGGGCUGCUCCUGCUGCCGCCGCCGUCUCCUCCUCCUCCUCCCGCCUCGGACCUUCUCCGGUGCCGGAUACAAAAUGGCGGUGCCGUCACGGGCGGGCGGCGGAGCGGCGGCGCUGCUGCUGCUGCUGGGGCUGCUGGGCUCGGCUGCCGCCGGCUGCCCCGCCGGUUGUGUCUGCGGUGAGGAGGUGCUGAGCUGCGGUGGGCUGGCGCUGCCCGCCGUGCCCCGGGACCUGCCCCGCUGGCCGCGGCACGUAAACCUGAGCUACAACAAGUUGACAGAGAUUGAUCCUUCUCCCUUUGCAGAGCUGUCGAACCUCCAGGAAGUGCGACUGAACAACAACGAGCUGACCUCCAUUCCCCCCCUGGGACCUGCUGCCUCCAGCAUCCGCUCCCUCUACCUGCAUCACAACAGGAUCCGCAGCAUUGAAGCAAGUCAGCUGAAGCCCUAUGUUACCCUGGAAGUGUUGGACCUGAGUUUCAAUGACAUAACAGAAAUCCGAAACGGCUGCUUCCCACAGGGACUUCACAUAAAGGAGCUGUACCUGGGGAGCAACAGAAUCAGCACCCUGGAGCCUGGUGCUUUUGAUUCUCUGUCAAGGUCCCUGCUAACACUUCGUCUGAGUAAAAACAGGAUCACUCAGCUUCCUGUCAAGGCAUUCAGGCUACCCAGGCUAAUACAACUGGAGCUGAACCGGAAUCGCAUCCGCCUGAUUGAAGGUCUGACAUUCCAGGGGUUGGACAGCUUGGAAGUCCUGAAACUCCAGCGCAACAACAUCAGCAAACUGACUGAUGGAGCUUUCUGGGGUCUAGCCAAGAUGCAAGUCCUCCACCUGGAGUAUAACAGUCUGACAGAAGUAAACAGUGGUUCUCUCUAUGGUCUUUCAUCUCUGCACCAGCUUCACCUCAGCAACAACUCCAUAUCCCGCAUCAACCCCGAUGGCUGGAGCUUCUGUCAGAAGCUGCACGAGCUAAUACUCUCUUACAACAACCUGACCAGGCUGGAUGAGGGAAGCCUGGCAGACCUUGGGGGACUUCACGUGCUACGACUGAGCCAUAAUUCCAUCAAUCAUAUUGCAGAAGGUGCCUUCAAGGGACUCAAAAACCUGCGUGUCCUGGAACUGGACCACAACGACAUCUCAGGCACCAUAGAAGACACCAACGGAGCCUUUACAGGCCUGGAAAACCUGAGCAAGCUAACUCUGUUUGGAAACAAGAUCAAGUCAGUGGCCAAGAAAGCCUUCUCAGGGUUGGAGGCCCUGGAGCACCUGAACCUGGGGGAUAACGCCAUCCGCUCCAUUCAAGCAGAUGCUUUUGCCAAGAUGAGGAGCCUGCAGCAGCUCCACAUAAACAGUGACAGCUUCCUCUGUGACUGCCAGCUGAAAUGGCUGCCCCAGUGGUUAGUUGAGAAGGAGCUGCAAUCCUUUGUGGUGGCCACCUGUGCCCAUCCUGAGUCACUAAAAAGCAAGAGCAUUUUUUCCAUCCUGCCAGAGAGUUUUGUGUGUGAUGACUUCCUCAAGCCACAGAUCAUCAUCCAGCCCGAGACAACCGUGGCUGUGCUGGGGAAGGACAUCCGCUUCACCUGCUCGGCCGCCAGCAGCAGCAGCUCCCCCAUGAUGUUUGCUUGGAAGAAAGACAAUGAGAUGCUGCACAAUGCUGAGAUUGAGAACUUUGCCCAUGUGAGGGCAAAAGGUGGGGAGGUGAUGGAGUACACCACCAUCCUGCACCUCCGCCACGUCACCUUCACCCAUGAAGGGCGGUACCAGUGCAUCAUCACCAACCACUUUGGCUCCACCUACUCCAACAAGGCCCGGCUCACUGUUAAUGUAUUGCCUUCCUUUAUCAAAACUCCCCAUGACAUCACCAGCAGGACAGGGACAACAGCACGGCUGGAGUGUGCAGCUGAAGGACACCCUACCCCACAGAUUGCCUGGCAGAAGGACGGGGGCACCGACUUCCCCGCCGCCCGGGAGCGCCGCAUGCACGUCAUGCCCGACGAUGAUGUCUUCUUCAUCACAGAUGUCAAGAUAGAAGACAUGGGUGUCUACAGCUGCACAGCACAGAACUCUGCAGGGUCUGUGCUUGCAAAUGCCACCCUCUCUGUGCUGGAGACACCAUCUUUGAUUCAUCCCCUGGAAGACCACGUAGUGUCUGUGGGUGAGACUGUGGCUCUUCAGUGCAAAGCCACAGGGAGCCCGACUCCCCGCAUCACCUGGCUGAAAGGUGACCAACCCCUGGUGGUGACAGAAAGGCAUCACUUUACCUCUGGCAAUCAGCUGCUGAUCGUCAGGAACGUUGUCUUGGAGGAUGCUGGGAAAUACACCUGUGAAAUGUCCAACACCCUGGGGACAGAGCGUGCACACAGCCAAGUCAGCAUCUUACAGUCCCUUGGCUGUAGGAAGGACCGUACCACGGUGGGCAUCAUCACCAUUGCUGUGGUGUGCAGCAUCGUGCUGACCUCUCUGGUCUGGGUCUGCAUCAUCUACCAAACCAGGAAGAAGAGUGAAGAAUACAGUGUCACCAACACAGAUGAGACUAUUGUGCCUCCUGACGUGCCAAGCUAUUUGUCUUCCCAAGGGACUCUGUCGGAGCGGCAGGAAGCGGUUGUCAGGGGGGACACCCAGCAGCCUAACGGGCACAUUGAUGGCAAUGAUGGUUCAUUUGUUACAGGUAUGUGUCAGACUGAUGCUGGAAGGUGUCCAGAUGUUGAAGCUCCCACUGGAGGUUGUAGACAGCCAAAACUCUGCACUGGGUAUAAUAAAGACACUUGGAAAACUGAAGACGUGGCUGAUGGAAUGCUUGUUCCAGAUAAGACAGGCUAUGGGCUGCCCGUGGUGUGCACUGACUGCAGUGGCAGCACAGACAGCAUGAACGUCCACAUUUACCCCAAGGAGCUGGAGUUCUACUCCGAGAGCCUCAAGACUCUGGAUACCACCUACCCUAAAGCACUGAGCAGCAAGGAGCAGAACAGGAAGAGGGGUGCAGGCACCAGCCUCCUCCAGCCCCAGCCCUGCAAUGGGAUUGCCAGCAGCAAGAGGAUGGAAACUGAUGGCACCCUCUACCCCAGCAACCACGACAGAAUAAGAGCUGUGAGCACCACCAGCCCGCUGCUUGCAGACCAACAAGGCUCUUCACAAGCAGUAACAAAGCCUUUGGAGCUGAACAACCUUAAUUUGGUGAGAGCUUCAGCAGCAGGAGGGUCAUUAAAGCAACUGAACGUGCUUCCUGAAAUUUCCCCAACACUACUGGAUCUGCAGAGUGAAGCAGAAGCAAGGCAGGCCCUCCUGUCCAAUGGCUACACAUCCAAGCCCUGUGACUCCCUUCAGGAGCUGAAGCCACCAAACAGAUCUCUGGACUGAGAGAGGACAGACUGCCAUCUGCAAUUUAACAAACACACUAUUAUUUUUUUUAAUUUUUUUUUUUUUUGCACAGAGUAUAUAUAGGCUACUUACUUCUACCUCAAAAUCUUGAACUGUCAAAGGCAAAUUAACUGAGGUAUGAGAAACAAGCUUGUAUGGGGAACAAACUCCUGUUCGAGCGUCAUCUGUUUGUACAUAGUUUAAAACUUCCCUGAGAAGUAUGAAGCAUUCAAAAGUUGACUUGCAUAUGAAGCACAUAAAUGCAAGGGAUUAUUGUGUAAAGAGAAAAGUAUUUGAUACCAUUGUACAUAAGAGUUUUCAUAUAUAAAUAUAUAUAUAUAAAAAUAUAUAUAUAUAUAUCUUUUACAGAGGCUAUUUUAAUCUUUAGUGCAUGGAAAACUGAGUGAAAUUUUACAAUUUUGGCAAUAUUGUUUUCAAUAUCAGGUUGCUGUUAAACUUUGUGAGACAAAUAAUUCUGGUGCCUUAAAUGCAUAAGCAGAACUUAAAAAAGCCAGACUGUUCCAAAGGGAUUGUCCUCUUUUCAGUGGAAGUUCCCUUAAAUUAAGUAUCAAUUGGGUUACUUAGCACAAAUUUCUUUCCCCUUUGAAAUUUAUUGCACUUACCACAUUUAAACAGAGAUCUUCACCUGUUUCUAAUGAAGCUGAAAAACAUGCAGUGAUAAAUUACAUAGCAACCUGAUUUUUUUUUCCCCAUUGGUGGGAGAACUUAAAUUCCAAAACUUUUCAAAACUGCAUCAAAAUUAGGAUUUGAACUGUGAUCGUGUGAUACGUUACGAGUGGACCACACAAGAGGCACUAAAUAAUUCAGCAACAGCACAGAGCCCCAAAACAACCAGACAAAAAGGCUGUCAUGAUUACUGAGCAGUCCUUACCAAAAUAAAGAAUUCAUGCAGUAAACUGUGGGGUGGUCUCAUAUAUAUUGCACCAUUCAGAAAAAAACAUCAUAGCAGGAGGCGUUCCCUGGCCAGAAACCCUGGUACAGCACAGAUCACCUACAGACUGGUUGCAAACGUUUCCCCUCCCACAUGGAUGCAGCUUUACCUGUGUUCCUGUUCAGCAGGAAUAACCAGUGCCACUACACUGCAUUUUCACACCUCCCAAACACUAACUCUGCUCUGGAGGGGGGGGUUUGAAACCAUAGAGCUGUUUUGACAACAAAACUAAAAUUGCACUCCGAAGCUGACAGCUGUACUGUUAAUUCCUCUGAUAGUUGUGUUUUGGUUUUGGUUUUUUUUUUUUCCCCUGCAACACAAUAUUGUGCUUUCUUGUUGAACACCAUGAACCCCCCCUGCAGCCAGACUCUUUUUAUGAAAAUAUCUGCUUCAAAUGGUUUCUGCUUUGUGUAGCAAUUUUAGGCUAUUCAGAACCAUACUGAUUUAGAAGGGAAACUCUGUAGUUAAAGUUGAAACUACUCUGCUAAUAUCCCAGAUGUUUUUUUUUUAAGUUCAUCCAUAUAUAAGGGGAAAAGAAAUGUCCAUGUUGGUCAAACAGAUCUUUUGUCACUUCUAACUUCACUAUGGUUUCUUACUUAUAGAAAGGCUGCUUUCUGUUGGUGUUGGUACCUGUGGAUGGAGGACUUCCUUCCAGUUACUUGUAAUUUGAGUUCUGCUAACAUGAGGUUGCUAACUCUGGUGAUGACUACUUUGGGGAAAGGUUUAUUUGUGGGUUUUGUAACUUUUUUCCUUAGGAGCAACUCAAACACCCCAAACACCAGUUCCACUGAAGCCGAGUCUGUUGGAAGUCAACCUUUGCUACUACUGUGGCUCAAAAUAAGGGCAGAAACAUUGAAUUUUCUGGUCAGAUCCAUCACUUGGGGAUCUGUCUGAGUGCUACUGUGUCCUGUCCAGCCUUACCUAGAGGAGCCACCAGCUGUAGGGGAAAGACCUCUUGCCUGUUGCCCUGUAGCUGAUGGUGAGUUUCAUUGUAGGCUCUGCAGCUGCCCCAGCCCUUGGAGAAGCACAGAGUAAUUCUGUCAGGUUCCUGUCUGGAUCACCUCCUGACUAUUGCCACGUCUGCACUUUUGAGACAGGUGAUGAAUUACAGAGAUGGAUUUUUUUUUUUCAAGGACACAGGAUGAGGAGCAGUGGUUUCAAGCUGUAAGCAAGCAGAUUCAGAUUAGAUUUUUUUUAGGAAGAAAUCCUUUCCCUCUGAGACAAGGAUCAGGUUGGAUAGGGCUUGGAGCAACUUGCUUUAAUGGAAGGUGUCCCUGCCCCAUUCCAGGGGUUGGAACCAGAUGAGCUCCAAGGUCCUUUCCAACACAAAUCACUCAGUGAUUCUGUGAGUGCCAAGUUUAUUCAAAGCAAAGGAAAUGGAUGUUAGAAAAUUAUAAACUGAGCAUGCAGUUCCCUUCACUCAAGGGAAAAAUAUGCUGCAGGACUGACUCCCAAGGUGAAAACAGUGGAACUGGGGAAGAUGGGAAUGAUUUCACUGACUCAUUGUGCUGGCAGAAAUAGCAUCACCAUUGCAGAUACAAAGCAUAUUUGCCACAUUAACAUUUGAAAAUAAAAGAGUUCCUGAAUAAAGUUAACUGCCUAACAUUAUGACUUCCACUAAAUAUGUGAAUUUGCUGCUUCUAAGAGGCAAUGUGAAAGAGGAAGUAUUACUUUUGUGUACAAAGUUAUUUAUUUAUUAGAAAAUUUGGUACAAUGUUGUACAUUGAAAAAACAUGUAAGAUAUUGAAGUGUCUAACAAAUGGCAUUGAAGUGUCUUUAAUAAAGGUUCAUUUAUAAUAUUACAGCUGUUUUGUUGAGAGUGAGCAUUUGGGAGGUUCAGUUGAAAAAAUUAAAUAAAAUUCUAAUCCAUUGCUCUA